AGUCACAAUUGUCUUAAUUCUGUGUCAUGUUUCCGUUAGUACUGUAGUGUACUCUAAGCCCGCAGAACUCAUUUUCCCAUUAACCCUUGCGAGCUUUACGUCGUUGUGCGUCAACUCCCCAGUCCCCCCACCAUCACCGUUCUACAGAGGAAGAAAGGGGGAGACGGGCAACCGAUUCAAAACGCUUUCACACAAAUAUGAGCGGCAGCGGGCGGCCCAGGACCAGCUCAUUCGCUGAGCCUCCCGGAGCUCCCGGAGCCGCUGCAGCCGGUGCCGGAUCAGCAGUAGCCGGCGGAAGCUCCACAGGAAAAACUGGGGCUUCACAAGCCAGUGGAAGCAGCUCGACGAGCUUUGGGAAUCUGAAACUGCCUAGAGACAGUGGCAAGGUGACGACGGUGGUAGCCACACCCGGCCAGGGCCCCGAUCGCCCUCAGGAAGUGUCCUAUACAGACAUAAAGGUUAUAGGAAAUGGCUCCUUUGGAGUGGUCUACCAGGCCCGCCUCAUCGACAGCCAGGAGAUGGUGGCAAUUAAGAAAGUUCUCCAAGACAAGAGGUUUAAGAAUAGGGAGCUGCAAAUUAUGAGGAAAUUGGACCACUGCAACAUUGUGAGGCUACGUUACUUCUUCUACUCCAGUGGGGAGAAGAAAGACGAGGUGUAUUUGAAUCUGGUGCUGGACUACGUUCCUGAGACAGUGUACAGGGUGGCUCGGCACUUCAACAAGGCCAAGACCACCAUCCCCAUCAUCUACGUUAAGGUGUACAUGUACCAGCUGUUCCGCAGUCUGGCUUAUAUCCAUUCCCAGGGCGUGUGUCACAGAGACAUCAAGCCCCAGAACCUCUUGGUGGACCCAGAGACGGCCAUCCUCAAACUCUGUGACUUUGGCAGUGCAAAACAACUAGUUCGGGGGGAGCCAAAUGUCUCCUAUAUCUGCUCACGGUACUAUCGUGCCCCAGAGCUCAUCUUUGGUGCCACCGACUACACGUCCAACAUUGACAUCUGGUCGGCCGGCUGUGUGCUGGCUGAGCUGCUGCUGGGCCAGCCCAUCUUCCCUGGGGACAGUGGUGUGGACCAGCUAGUAGAGAUCAUCAAGGUUCUGGGGACACCAACAAGGGAGCAGAUCCGAGAGAUGAACCCUAACUACACAGAGUUCAAAUUCCCUCAGAUCAAAGCACACCCUUGGACAAAGGUGUUUAAGCCUCGUACCCCACCAGAGGCCAUUGCCCUCUGCUCUCGACUGCUGGAAUACACGCCGGUGACCAGGCUGUCUCCCCUGGAGGCGUGUGCGCACGCCUUCUUCGAUGAGCUGCGCCAGCCCAAUACCCGCCUGCCCAGCGGACGAGAACUGCCGCUACUCUUCAACUUCAGUCCUGUUGAGCUCUCUAUCCAGCCCCAGUUGAACUCUACACUCAUUCCUCCUCACGCUCGUGCACAGACAUCGCCUGCCUCACAUGAGGGCAGUGUGUCAGACAGUACCGCCCAGCCCAGCUCAGCACCUGGAUCCAUCAACAACAGCACCUGAGCAUCCAUCCCUCUGUCAUCCUUUCUUUUUCGACUUUCCCAUUUUUCCUUUUCCCUCUCCUCUGCUCUCUUCUCCCUCACGACCUUCCUCCCGGCUCCAAACCCUUAAAAUAGAAAAGAAAUAACUACACACACACACACACACACACACACACACACACACACACACACACACACACACACAUGAACACUCAGCAUUGCUACUUUCCCUGAAUUUUAACCAUUACCAUUAGGAAACCAUUUCUGUGGCUGCUAGCUUCAGGAAGCUGUGGGGUUGUUUUAAGGAUGUUUAGGUAGCCAUGCUUGGGCUUAAUAUAAGCUGCAGAUCUAAGUCCAGGGUGGCCCUGUUAGAAUAGAGAAACUUUAAAGUGGUUGGGAUGUUUGGGAGAUGAGGAGGGGGGUUGUUCAUGUAAUGUGGAUUUUCUGUAUUAUAAUCUACAGUUAACUUUUAUCCCUUUUUAUGUUCAUUUUAUUUGCGUAUUUUAUGUGUGGCCGUGGUGCCAUUGAAUGGGGUCCUGAUUGGCUAUAGAGUUGAGAAUGAGGGCCGUGUGUAAGGCCUGACUAAUAUUGACAAUCAUCCUCUCGUGGGGUCAAACAUUACGCACUUGCAGUAAACAUGUUUGACCGUACAGCCCACUGUGUAGAUUAGUGGCUUUUCUGUCACUUUCUACUCUGAGCUUUGCUCAAGUAUUGUCAGUUCACUCCGCCCAGCAGUGAACAAAUGUGAAGAGUUGUUUUAAAUCUCCCAGUUUGAUACCAGACAGAACAUAUUGGCUGAAUUGGGCUCGUUUUAGAUAAGAGGUGGUUUUAAAUUUUAUUACAAAGGAGGGCACCACAGCCUGUCUUUACAGUUCAGUUCUGAAUAAUUAGCAACUGCCUUUUAUGUGAAUGAGAGGGAGCAGAGUGCACAUUUUCAGUUUCUUCAGUAUAAGCUCAUGUUGUAAUUGGUUAAGCUGGAAACCAAGUGUUUCAUGUUGACUCAAGUGAGUUUUGCACAUGUCCAAAGGGAGUAGAGAGGAAGCAAAGGGGCGAGUUAUGUGUACUGUCCAGCUUUUAAAGGGACAGUUCACUCCAGAAUUUAAAAAAAUACAUAUUUUUUUCUCUUACCUUUAGAGCUGCUUAUAAGUCUAGAUUGAUUUGCUGCCAGUUUCUGAGUGUUGGGAGAUAUCGGCUGUAGAGAUGUCUGCCUCUUCUUGAAUAUACUUUGCUUUUGGUGCUCAAUUGCAAACAAAUGUAUUUGAUAACAGCAGUGCUGAAGUUUCAUGUCGGAACUGUUUUAUUUUUAGUUUAGUUCCUACAGGAAGCUACUCAGGUCUGUGGAUUGUCUUGAGUAACUUGGUCGUAAUUUCUAAAGCAACACAUUUGUUAAUUUUUUCAAAUGUAUUGUUUUUGUACACAAGCAGAGUAUAUCGCACACAGAUGCACACAUCCCUUCGGCCGUUAUCUCCGACACUCGCAAACUAAAACAAUCUACAUUGAUAAAUAAAACUACAGGUAAGAGAGAAAAUAUUUGUUUUUCAAUUUGGGGUGAACUAUCCCUUUAACAUAACAGAGGGAGCCGUUGAUGUGGGGCUCCAGUUGCGUCUAACACAGAAGCCUCAGUGAUGUUUCAUGUCCCAAACACAGCUGCCUAGCACUGUAGGGUGAAAAAUCACCUCUUUAAUUGUGUCACUUUACGGUGUUACGUUUCAUAUCGGCUCAAUUAUGUUGAAGAGUCGGUGCAGACAGACUUCUGCUCAACUGGCUCGUCAUUGUCAUUUCAGCAACAGUUUUUGUAUGUGCAGGAGGAGGACUCUGAAUGAGUUUUGUUUGGUUUGUAAGAGAGAUUUUUUGGAAACCCUCUUCGCCCCUCUUCCCAAACAGCCUGCCUGUGACGCUCAUAUCAUGUUCUUCUUGUCCGGUGGUGUUGGUAGGAACUGAUCGUGAAUGAUUUACUCAGUCUAACAGUCCACAUGUCGGCAUGAACCAGUUUUCUUUCUUCCACCACGCAAAAACGUGCAUGUUCAGCCCAAGUUGACCACACUAUAUUGCUUCCACUAAUCUCAGUAAUAAUCCGACCAGAAAUGAUGCUCAAACCCCUGAAACCCGACAGCUUUUGGAGCCUCCCCUUCCAUUCCCUUUUCGUCCUCCUCCCUCAGCCUUCUGCUUCCCUCUUUCCUCCUCCUUUUUUCACUGCUAAACUGUAAAUAUCAAGUACCUUUUAUUUUAUUUUGUUAUUUUUGUUAUUAUUGUUAUUAUAUUGUUGUUCUUGUAAUUUUUUUUUUCUCUAGUAGACCGGCGCAGCAGCGGCCGGACUGUUUAUCCUCAGUCGCAGUCUGUAAAUACGAUUUCAUUUCAGUCCCUGGUUCAGGAGGGGAAAAACAGAACAAAAUGUUUCAUUUUUAUUCUCUCUCCCUUCAUUUCUCUCUUCAUGACUUUCCCUUUUCCCCCAUAAAUGUUGUCAUAACUGUUUUAUUUAUUGUGUUGUGUUUUUUUGGGAGGGGUGGGGGAUCUUUUCUUUUUCGCUGGGGUGGUACAAUUGAGGGAUUUUAUUUUAAUUUUUUUUUUUUUUUUUUAGUUAUCCCAAAUUUUAGUCCAGCAAUGUCACAUGCUAAACGAUUUCACAUCCAAGAUACUGUACUGAGAUCCAGAUGUUGGUGUGUGUGCUUUCCAAUCAGUGGUCUGGUGUGUGUGUGCAGGUGCACAUGGUAGCCGACAGGUGGAACUCCAGAUUUCCAUUUAACUUCAAUGUGAAGGGAAUGUUACAAGCCUCUGGAUCUAUGGGGUCAUGGUAUUUGGGGGGGUGGGGCGGUGGGGCACGGAUCACCCUCUGUAUGUGUGUGUAUAUGAGUGUGUGUGUGCGUGCGAGAGUGUGUGUUUGUCUGGAGGAAAGGGGAAAUAAUGAAUUUGUCCAUUGACAGUUAUCAUCUCCUGUGUCCGACCGUCCUGUUUUCGCUUCCUGUGUGUCGUGUAAAUGUAACAGGUUCGUCCUGUUAGUACUGUGUGUGUGUGUGUACUCGUGUGUAUGCUUCACAGAUACUUGGUGUUUCUUGAGCACAGCUGCAGGGAAUGUAUGUGUGUUUGUAUGUUUGCUGGCAGAGACCUUGGACAUAAUUCUCCUGACUUUUUCCCAAAUGAAGAGCUGAUCAAAUGUGCUAUUUUAAUCUUUUUUUUUUUCUCCAAUCUUUUGAUCCGUCACACUUUGUUUUUAAUUUGCUGUGACCCCGCUCUUUUAUCGCCCUCGUCUGAGGGUAAAAUGUCAUUGUUGGGAACAGAACGGUUGGAUAAAGGAGAUGAUGAAGAGAGAGGGAUGGAGGGAGAGAGACAGUUUUUGUUUGUUGGUAUAAAUAAUUAAACUCAUUAAUAAAGUGAUGAAACUGU